AUGGCCAGCAAUGUGGCGUUCCUGCCCUCAGUGGGGACUUGUGGGGGUAUCCUCUUGGUGGCAGCUGAACGUUUCUUCAAACUCGGCCAGCCCCAACUAACCAACAAUACUGUCACAGCUAACAUUACGAUGCUCACUGAGAACAAGACAUGGUCUAUGACCCGGGUGUAUGGACCACAAAGCGAUGCGGACAAGGUCGCAUUUCUUCAAGAAAUUACAGACGUCAGCACUCGCGUCCUCCCGGCUUGGCUACUACUCGGCGAUAUUAACUUAAUCUUGAACGCGCAUGAGAAAAACAAUGCACGGGUAAAUCUGCCAAUGCUUAACAGAUUCAAGGCGACAAUCGACAACCUCGAACUAGCAAGGAUCGAACUCAGGGGGAAGAAGUAUACUUGGUCCAAUGACCAACAAUCGCCAACAAUGACAAGAAUCGAUUAUUUCUUCGCUUCGGCAGAUUGGUUAGAGAUGUUCCCAAGAACUGACCUCCGUGUGCUUGCAUCGCUGGGUUCAGAUCUUAGCGCCCUUUUCCUACAGGGUGAUGUGAUCAUGGAUUUUUAUAGAGGCUUCCGUUUUGAGUCUCAUUGGGUACACAUGCCGGGCUUCCUGGACACGGUGCAAGAAACUUGGUACAAGACAGUGAACACGCAAGAUGCCAUUUUACGUCUCCAUGUCAAAUUGUUGCGCACGGCCAAAUCACUAAGAAAUUGGAGGCGUAAAUCACUAAGUAGAUGGAAGCUGAGCUGA